CUUUGGCCAGUAAAAGAGAGAUAAAUAUUUGAUGCCCUCCGUUGCCACUGCCAAAUACACUGACACAGAUAGCACUUGCAAGGCAGUCCCUGCUUGUUGGGGUCGUGUGUGCAAGAUGUGUAACUCUGCAGGGUAGUUGCCACUUUCCUCUGAAAGACCAUCAGAAUGGAGUCUUUCAGAGGCUUUGAAUCAGCUUGCGUCUAUGCUGCUGAUAAAAAGGUCUGCAUGACGGUGGAUACAGAAUGGGAUAUGGAAGAACAUCAGUUAUCAGACAGAGGCCUUGUCAAUGCACUUUUGGAUGCGAGUGAAGAAUGUUUAGCCAAAGACCAGGAUUCAGAUGUAUUUGAAAACCACACUGGCUGGGAAGAAGCUGUCCAGGGAUGGGGUAGGGGCCCCUCUCUCAUUAGCUUGUUCCAAAUGCAAAGGAGAGGUAAGAGACCGAAGACCUGGGAUGCAGACUCUCACUGCCUUCUUUGCAUUGACACAAAGAUAGCAGAACUCCAUGUAUCAGAAAAUGCAAGACAUGGUCCUGAAUUUAGCAGCGGCUCUGAAAAAAACACAAAGACCAUCCCAACCAAAGACUUAAAGACACGCCCAUGCAGCACAUGCUCUGCCAUUUCUUCCUACAAAAAUACAGUAGAACUCCUACCAAAACAAAAUUUCUUGGCAAACCCAAAAAAGGUCCCAAGCAUUAGUGGGCUGCUCAUCAACAGUACAGCUGCUACCUGCAUAGGCCUCUCGCACAACCAGGAGGAUGAGUGUCCAGUGCUGAAAGACAGGUGUGCUGGAAAUGUCACUCUCAUCAACUGCUUUGCUGUACUGCCUCCCCUCAAAGCUUCCUUGGAUAGAAAUGUGAGUAGCCCAGAUCACCUAAAAAGAGGAGAGCUUACCUUUGGAGCCGGCGUGCAGGACGUGGUUGAAAUUUUGCAGAGCGGUGCCUCAGCUACUGCCACUGCUGGGGGGAAUGGAGGUGUUGAUGGCAGAGGGGAAAUGAGAACAGACUCUCACGUGGACGCCAGGUCUGCUGAGGAUGGUUUACACAGCUCCAGUGCCUCCAAAUACUGGACAAAUCAGGACAGGCAUCGCCUGUUGACGGCUUUCAGCAUUCCCUUCACCAAGAGGUGCGACCAGGUCACUUACCGCCUGGGGAGGUACCCAAAACAGGAGGACCUGGCGAAAUCGCCUGCGAGGAAUAACAGCGGACAUAAACUCUACUUUGGUUACAGGGCCAAGAACAUCAGACGGGCAGAACCUGAACUGCCUCUACUGUUUGGAACCAGGGUUGCCAUCCCUGCCUCCACUCACCGUCUCUAAAGUGCUGAUUGUACUGCAUCUGUUGUUAUGGGUCAGUCACUUGAUUAAACAGAGGUUUGACUCUAGGUAAUGUCUUCAUAGAUGAUGUUCUAAGAAAAUGUUAACAGUAAACUAGCAUACAUUUACAAUUUAAUUAUUAGGUGAAUAUUGGCAUGCUUCUACACAAGUUACAAAGUUUUGGGAAACAGCAUACUCUAUUGAACAAGUUUCAUUCCCAAAAAUGAGUGGAUAUUGCUGAUGUAGGUGAAAUUGGUACCAGCCUCACAUGGGAGUAGCAGAC